CUCGCUACUUUCUCCAAUUGCUUUUCCCAACCGCUUCCAUGGCUCGGGGGAUUGAAGGUAGCGAAAUGUCGACUCCUCGGCCAUCGUCUCAGAAAAAGCUGCCGCCUUCAGGCUCUCAGUCCACCAAGAGUCAGAAAUCCAUCUUAGGUUUCUUCCAGAAGAAAUCUACCAACUCACCCAGUCCGGCACCUUCAGAUUCUACACUUGGGAGGAGGACCCCAACGUCAACCCUUUCUAAGAAGACCUUCACUAGUGCUGGUCCUGCGACCACUCUCACUCCGACGCCGAGCAGCGAUGCACCAGGACCGUCGAGCCCAAUCCGGGUGGAGCAGGACGCUGGUUUAGGAAAGAACAAGGAGAAUGAAGUUGUAGUUGUCGCCAUGAGUAGCCCUUCGAGAAAGGCUAAGAAAACCGUCAGUUAUGUUGAAUCCGAUGACGACGGGGAUGAGGUUUUCCAACCCAUUGCCAAUAACGCAAGGAAGGGAAGAGCUACUAAGCGGCGGCGGGUGAGCCUUGAAGACUCUGAUGAUGAGUUUGGGCUGGAUGCUACCACCCAGGAGGCUAUGCUCGAGGAUGACAUGGACGAUUUUGUCGUCCCGGACGACUCCGAUUCCGAUGCUGUCGUUCCUCAGAAGCGAAAACGACUACCGCCCUCUAAAUCAAACAAGAAGGCUACUCCUGCUUCUUCCCCACCGAGAGCACUGUUUGAUGAUGAUGACGAUGAAGAUAUCAUUAUGACAGGAACAUCAACUGCGCAGCAGUGGACCUACGAUCCUGACAACCCCGAGCCCCUCAAUCCUCGUGCACUGAGUCAUCCAAUUAAGAAGACGACAAGCAAGAUAGCAAAGGCCCGGCCUUCUGCAUCUGACCCAGAGGAGAGAUACCCAUGGCUUGCGAACAUUCUGGAUGCUGAUCGACAUGCUCCCGAUCACCCAGAAUAUGACCCUCGCACAAUCUACAUCCCUCCAAUGGCAUGGAACAACUUUUCCCCUUUCGAGAAGCAAUACUGGGAGAUUAAGCAAAAGUUCUGGGAUAGUAUCGUCUUCUUUAAGAAGGGAAAGUUCUAUGAGCUUUAUGAGAAUGAUGCUACGAUUGGUCACCAGUUAUUCGAUCUAAAGCUCACCGAUCGCGUCAACAUGAGGAUGGUGGGCGUCCCUGAAGCCUCGUUAGAUCAGUGGGCUAGCCAGUUUGUUGCAAAAGGCUUCAAGGUCGCGAGGGUUGAUCAAAUGGAGUCCGCUCUCGCCAAGGAGAUGCGUGAGAGGGGGGACAAGAAGAAGCCGGCCAAGAAAGGCAAAGAUGACAAAGUCAUUCGAAGAGAGCUGGCUUCAGUACUUACAUCUGGCACUCUCGUCGACACUGGUAUGCUUCAGGAUGACAUGUCCACAUAUUGCAUGGCCAUAAAGGAGAUUGACCGGGACAACCUUCCCGCUUUUGGAGUCGCCUUCGUGGAUACCGCGACCGCCCAAUUUCAGCUUUGCGAGUUCACAGACGACAUCGACAUGACUAAGUUUGAGACUCUCAUCGCUCAAAUGCGGCCUGGUGAACUGUUGUUGGAAAAGUCGUGCAUCUCGGCCAAAGCGAUGCGCAUUUUGAAAAAUAACACUGGCCCUACAACUAUCUGGAACGCACUGAAGCCAACUAAAGAAUUCUGGCCGGCUGACAUCACCGUCCGUGAAGUUGAAGCCUGCGGAUACUUCGAAUCUCCCACCGAAGAUAACAUUGAAGCAUGGCCACCUGUGCUGCGCGAAGCCCGGGAGCAGGAAUUGGUCAUGUCCGCUUUCGGCGCUUUGCUGCAAUAUCUGCGCACUCUCAAGAUCGAGCGUGAUCUGGUAACCCUGGGAAAUUUCGCUUGGUACGAUCCUAUCCGAAAGGCAACUAGUUUAGUCCUUGAUGGGCAGAGCUUGAUCAAUCUUGAGAUCUUUGCCAAUACCUUCGAUGGCUCUGCAGAGGGAACUUUGUUUGCCAUGCUCAACCGCUGCAUCACGCCAUUUGGGAAGCGCCUUCUUCGGCAAUGGGUUUGCCACCCAUUGGCUGAUGCGAAGAAGAUCAAUGCCCGUCUGGAUGCCGUUGACGCCCUCAACGCCGAUACGAGUAUCAUGUAUAGCUUUACGUCUUCACUGAGCAAGCUUCCUGAUCUUGAACGCUUGAUCUCUCGUGUCCACGCAGGUCGCUGUAAAGCCCAAGACUUCCUCAAGGUCCUGGAAGGGUUUGAGCAGAUCGAGUAUACCAUGAGUCUUCUGAAACAAGUUGGUGAAGGAGAAGGCGUUAUUGGGCAACUCAUUUCCUCCAUGCCGGAUCUCGCCGCUGCAUUGAGUAGUUGGAAGUCUGCCUUUAACCGUGAAGCCGCAAAGACUGAAGGUAUCCUUGUUCCUACUCCUGGUGUUGAAGAGGACUUCGACAACAGCAAGGAAGAGAUCGAUAAUUGCCUGGCAAACCUUGACAAGCUGCUCAAAAAAGCUCGCAGGGACUUGAACUCAACCGCCAUUGUCUUCCGCGACAACGGAAAGGAGAUCUAUCAGCUCGAGGUCCCGAACAAGGUCAAGGUUCCUGGGAACUGGGACCAGAUGUCCGCCACGGCCAAGGUCAAGCGAUACUAUUCUCCUGAACUGCGAAAGCUCGUCAGAUCACUGCAAGAAGUCCAGGAGACCCACGGCCAGAUUGUUCGAGACGUCGCUGGCCGAUUCUGCGCAAGGUUCGACGAAGACUAUGCUACAUGGCUCGCCGCAGUUAAGAUCAUUGCUCAACUAGAUUGCCUGAUCAGUCUCGCCAAAGCAUCCGCCUCGCUCGGUGAACCGGGUUGCCGUCCAGUCUUCUCGAAUUCUAGACGCACUGUUAUUGAAUUCGAAGAGCUCCGCCAUCCUUGUAUGCUGAAUACUGUUGCCGAUUUUAUUCCAAACGAUAUUAGACUUGGCGGUGAUACCGCAAAUAUCGAUUUGCUUACCGGUGCGAACGCGGCCGGUAAAUCAACAAUUUUGCGGAUGACAUGCAUAGCCGUCAUCCUCGCCCAAGUCGGCUGCUAUCUGCCUUGUACCUCUGCAACCCUCACUCCCAUUGAUCGUAUCAUGUCGCGCCUAGGUGCCAACGACAAUAUAUUUGCCUCACAAUCCACAUUCUUUGUCGAGCUAUCCGAAACCCAGAAAAUCCUCUCCGAAGCCACACCCCGCUCCCUCGUCAUCCUCGAUGAACUUGGCCGCGGUACCUCAUCGUACGAUGGUGUUGCAGUAGCCCAAGCUGUGCUACAUGAUGUCGCAAGCAGGGUUGGCUGUGUCGGCUUCUUCGCAACGCAUUACCGUUCCUUGGCUAAAGAAUUCGAAAAUCAUCCUGAAGUCCGGAACAAGCGAAUGGCGAUCCAUGUCAAUGAUGAAUCCAGAUCCAUCACGUUCCUAUAUAAACUUGAAGAUGGUGUUGCAGAGGGUAGUUUUGGUAUGCACUGUGCGGCUAUGUGUGGGAUUCCGGCGAAGGUGAUUGAGAAUGCGGAGUCUGCGGCGAUGGAGUGGGAGCAUACGAGUAGGCUGGGCGAGAGAAUGGAGGUUAAGAGGGAAGAGGGAGGAGUGUAUAUUCCGUUGGGUGUACAGAGCGACGUUGCGUGGUGUUUGAGAGAGGGGUUAGAGGGCGUGGGUGAGAGGACUAUGGAUGUUUUGCUUGAGGCUAUCACAGGAUUGUAGGGAGAUGGGUCAUGAUCCUGUUGAGAAUGGGACUUAGCGCAUGAUGCUAAAAAGUGAAAGACUGCUAUUCCGGAAGAUGUUGGAAUGUAUAUCUAGCUGCGAGUAUCGCACUAUUUGGAGUUUAGGUACGGGGAGUUUGGCUGGGGUGACACACCUGGACUCUAUGUGGUAUAUAUCCACCACUGUAAUAAUGUGCUUGUAGAUGGUGAAAAG